AUGAAGCUCCUCAGUCCAAGUGGUUCUGAGAACCUGGGUGCGGCUAUUGCAAUGCUGGUAAUAGGGGCGUUCGCGGUUAUCCUUCGGUUCGUAUUUCGAAUAUCCGCGAAACAAAGCCUGAUGAUAUCGGACGGAUUAAUUGGGCUAUCUUUGGCAUUCAUGGCUGUUUACAGUGCCAGCAUUAUCAAUUAUGUCGUCAGCGGGCCGGGGCCUGGCACCUUCGACGUUACACAAAUAGAGACAAAUGAAGCGAACGGUGGUCUUACUUGGGGAAUUGCAAUGGCUAAAUGUCAUCCUGUCCAUAUGGUAUGGGAUGCCUUGGCCUCUCCCGAAUACUGCAUGUCAAGUGGCAAGCUCACCCUUGCCUUCGAGCUCACCAACCUCUUCGUCGAUGUCGCCAUGGUGGCGAUGCCACCCUUCAUGAUCGGCCAACUGAAUCUACGCAGUGCACAAAAGUAUUCAGUGUGUUGCAUCCUUCUCUUAGGUGGAAUGGUUUGCAUCGUCAGCAUGGUAAGACUGCACUAUAUCUGGGUUCCGUCGAACCCUGAAUUCAUGCAGACUGCCCCAGCCAUGGUCGCGUCGAGUGUCCAGCUUGGUACUGCAAUUCUCUGCGCCUGCUUCCCGACAUACGCGCCUUUACUCCGUUUCUGCUCGGGCGCCCGCAAAAAAACCAAUAAUACCCCUGGAAAGCACUAUACCUAUGGCUCCGGCUCACCAAUGAAUAAGUUAAAACAGGGGAACAGUUCAAUUCGCACAGAUAGUGAAUACGAACUUUGCGAUUCGCGGUACCAGCGUGUUUAG